AGCACAUCCGGGCCUCUCCCCCCUCAGCGUCCCCGGUCCCAAGAUGGCUCCCUUUUGGCGUCUCUGGCGCUGUUGAAUGGAGAAAGCUUUAUUGUUCCCUUCGGGCAGGAGUGUUCGUGUCCUCGAUGGCGCUGUCAAUAAAGAACGGCAGUUUGAAUCGGUACUGAGCAGGGCUGAUCCUCGCUAGGUGGCAUCUGGAGGGAAAGAGAAAGGAGUCAAUGAAGGAGCCACACCAUGGAACUCCCCAACUACAGCCAGCAGCUGCUGCUGCAGCUCUACGCCCUGUGCAAGGAGCAGCGGUUCUGUGAUUGCACUAUUUCCAUCGGCAACAUCUACUUCAGGGCCCAUAAGCUCGUCCUGGCGGCGGCCAGCCUCCUGUUUAAAACCUUGCUGGAUAGCACAGAUGCCAUCUCCAUUGACGCAUCUGUGGUGAGCCCUGAGGAGUUUGCCCUCUUGCUAGAAAUGACAUAUACCGGCAAGCUCCCUGUGGGCAAGCACAACUUCUCUAAGAUCAUCUCCUUAGCAGAUAGCCUGCAGAUGUUUGACGUGGCUGUUGGUUGUAAAAAUCUUCUGACCAACCUUGUGAACUGCUCUGUCCAGAGUCAGGUGGUAAGGGAUAUCUCAGUGCUGUCCUCAGAGGCAUGUGGCAAGGAUUCAGAGAAGCCUCAAGUAGAAGUCAUUUCUUCUGAUGGCCCUGGGGAGCCCUCUUCUUCACUGGAAGUUUCUACCACGACAGCAGGCCCUGAGAAAGCCAAGACCCAGGACAUAAUUCACGUGGCUACCCAAGAGAUAAAUUCAGAUCCUCCCAUCGUCCAGGUGGCUGCAGAGAUCACAGGGGUAACACCUCAUACAGCUGAAGUAUGUUCCCUUUCUCCUGUUGGACAGAUCUCAAGUGAGGCAAAGGAAGCCAACACAGAAACAGAGUAUGAGAGGAAGCAGAACCAGCUGAAUUUCCUGCUAGAACAUGAAAGUGUCUUCUCAAAUGCAGUCUUGCUCACCCAGGACAUAUUGAGAAGACUGGAAGAAUGCUCAGAGAUUAAAGGCCCUCAGAAGGAGACCAUAAUGGGAUGUCUUAAGGAUGAAGGAGAAGGCUCAGCAUUUCAGAGACUCCUGGACAAAGUACAGGAUGGGAGCCUGGAUGUGCAGGUGGCCUUGUGUCUGAUGAGACUGUACCAGGAGUCCAUGCCUGCAGAGAAGGUGUCUCAGCUUCAGCCAGAAGGGAGCACAGGGGAGGGAAAGACCUUGUCUGUUCUGUUACUGGAACACAAAGAGGACCUGAUCCAGUGUGUAACAGAGCUCAGACCUAUUGUGGAGUUCCUGGAAACAGCCAAGGAGGAAUUCCUGCCCGUCUCCGAAAAAAGGGUGAUUCUGAACUGCUGUGAGGGCAGAACACCCAAGGAGACAAUAGAGAGUUUGUUACACAGAAUGGCUGAAGAGAAGACCCUGCCUGCCGAGAGCCUGCUAAAACUCCUCCAGGCUGUGAGGACAGCAUUCCCAAACCUGGGCCUCCUGCUGGAGAAUUUGCAGAAAGUAGCAGAGUCACCUGGCACCACAGGGCUGGCCGGGGUCACCUGUGAAACUGAACAGAUAGAGGGAUCCAGGAGGCUGUGCAUUCCAACAGACUCUGUGGAUGGAUCCCACACUAGCCCUGAGGACUAUGGCGCUGAGCUGUUGCGAAAGUACCAGGAAAACCUGUCUGAGGUUCUCACAGACCACCAGGUGCUACUAGAGGCAAUCUCACGUGUGAAGAACUUAGCCCCUGGAGACAGAGAGGUUAUGGAGACACUCGUGAAACGGGCCUCUGGCUCAGGUGGCUUCAAUUCCCUGAUGUCAGCAGCUCUGGAAAGGCAGUCUCUCUCUGCAACAGCCGUCUGGCAGCUGUUGCUAGUAGCUCAAGAGACCCAGCCCUGCCCGCUGAACCUGCUCUUGGAGGAAAUAGGAAAGGAGCCUGGUGCUGGAGCUUUCUUCCAGGCAGUGACUGCCCCAGAGAGCACUGUUUUGGAAGCAAUCCUGAGGCAUAGCAAGCUGGUCACAGAGGCCAUCCAGCAGAUGACAGAGCUCAAACACUUCUCUUCGGAGGAUGAGCACCUGGCUGAGAUUGUCAAAGAGAUGCUGAACAUAUCCUCUGAGACAGUGAGCCCUGAAGUGGCCCUGAGAGCAGUGCUGAGCAGGGGCACAGAGAAACCUGUCUCAGCCACUGCAAUCUGUCGUCUCCUGUGUGGUGUCCACAAGUCUUUCCCUGGUCUGCAGCCCCUCAUACAGGAGUUAACACAUGUUGGGUUUCUUACCAAGGAAAAUGGAGAGGAGAGGUUGACGGUGAGUGAUAGGUUUCACCCUGGAGCCAAGGACAAAGAGGACAAAGCAGCCAAUGCAGCCAGAGAAGACUGCCAGCCCGUGGAACAAAAGGAUCAGGGGGAGCCUGGGUCUGUGCCAGAGCAACAAGAAAAAGACACGUCUGCCUCCCCGAACUCUGCCAAGAAGAGCUUCAUCUGCAAAGCCUGUGACAAGAGCUUCCAUUUCUACUGUCGUCUGAAGGUGCACAUGAAGCGCUGCCGGGUGGCCAAGAGCAAACAGGUGCAGUGUAAGGACAGCGGUGAGACCAAGGACUUGGAGAAGGAGCCAGAGAAGCACCAGCUAGAAACCCACAGCACAGGCGGGGAGCCCGAUGCCCCCAAGAAGAAGAAGAAGCGGCUGCCUGUGGCGUGUGACCUCUGCGGAAGAGAGUUUGCCCAUGCCUCAGGCAUGCAGUACCACAAGCUGACCGAGCACUUCGAUGAGAAACCUUUCUCCUGUGAAGAAUGUGGGGCAAAGUUUGCAGCCAACUCCACCCUAAAGAACCACCUGCGCCUUCACACCGGGGACCGCCCAUUCAUGUGCAAGCACUGCCUCAUGACCUUCACACAGGCCUCUGCCCUGGCUUACCACACCAAGAAGAAGCACUCGGAAGGGAAAAUGUACGCGUGCCAGUACUGUGAUGCUGUGUUCGCCCAAUCCAUCGAGCUAUCCCGGCAUGUGAGGACCCACACUGGGGACAAACCGUAUGUCUGCAGGGACUGUGGAAAGGGCUUCCGGCAAGCCAAUGGCCUCUCCAUCCACCUGCACACCUUUCACACAGACAUAGAAGAUCCUUAUGACUGCAAGAAAUGCAAGAUGAGCUUCCCCACACUGCAGGACCACCGGAAGCAUAUCCACAAGGUGCACUCCAAGGAAUACCAUCCCUGUCCCACGUGUGGGAAGAUCUUCAGCGCCCCUUCCAUGCUGGAGCGGCACAUGGUGACCCAUGUUGGAGGGAAGCCCUUUAGCUGUGGGAUCUGCAACAAGGCCUAUCAGCAAUUGUCUGGCCUGUGGUAUCACAAUCGGAUCCACCACCCAGACGUGUUUGCUGCCCAGAGCCAUCGGUCACCCAAGUUCUCAUCCCUGCAGUGCAGCCCCUGUGACAAGACCUUUCCCAGCACCACUGAGCACAAGAAGCACAUCCGAGCAGCACAUGCAGAUCUGAAGUUCCACGAGUGUGACCAGUGUAAGGAGCUCUUCCCCACACCAGCUCUGCUGCAGGUUCACGUCAAAUGCCAGCAUUCAGGGUCUCAGCCAUUCCGGUGCUUGUACUGUGCAGCCACUUUCCGCUUCCCUGGAGCACUGCAGCACCACGUCACCACAGAGCACUUCAAGCAGUCGGAGAGCACCUUCCCCUGUGAGCUCUGUGGUGAGCUCUUCACCUCCCAGGCCCAGCUUGACAGCCACUUGGAGUCUGAGCACCCAAAGGUAACAGGCGCUGAGACUCAGGCAGCCGCUCCUCAGAUGGUGCAGGUGAUCCAAGCUUCAGAGCCAGCGGCCGCGGCCGAGCAGGUGAUCACGUUAGAGGAGACUCAGCUUGCUGGUUCACAGGUGUUUGUGACCUUGCCAGAUUCACAGACCUCUCAGAACAGCUCUGAGCUUGUGGCAGUGACGGUGGAGGAUUUGCUGGAUGGUACUGUCACCCUGAUCUGUGGUGAGGCCAAGUGAAUGGCUGCUCCUCUAGUAGAGGGGGACUGUACUAUAUCCAAGAGGAAGCUCACAGCCAGCCGGCCUCUGCUCUAGCUGCUGUCCCAAGUGGUGAGCUGCUCGACUCAGCUCCACCCUGGUGCUCUCACUUGGAAAUCAUUGUCAUUUUUCUAGGAUCCAGUGUCUGAUGCCAACACUGCCGCCUGUGUGGCAGACAGCCUCAGUCCUCCAGGCCACAGCUCAGGCCUAGAUUCCACCUACCCCCAAGGGAAGUGUCUUCUGAAAUCAGAGUCUGAACGAGUAGUGCAUGGGAACCCGUGGCCAAGGUGGCUGAGGAGAUACAGCAUGCUGGGUACCCUCAGGAGCAGGGGAGUUACCUGAGCCCACAGACGGCCUACCCACACCACCAGUGCCUCUGCCAGUAAAGCACCAACACAGCCUCCUGGGACCCCAGCUUGGCAGCCUGCCCUUCCCCAUCCUCCCUUCUGCUCAGGUGCCCCUCAGAAUUUGGCUCUACAGUAGGUGGCAGUGUUAACAGUACAGGAAGCCCUUCUGCUCUGCCCUUCCCAAAACAAAGCUUUGGAGCAUUGCUGCUGGGAGGCAGCCUCAUGUGAGGCCAUCCAGCUGUGUCUGUCUUCCUGGAUGUUCUUCACUGCAUUCCUUAUGGAGAGCUUCCCUGUGAUCCUCAGGCCUUCCACGCCUUCCAGUAAUUGAGGCUGAAACAACAUCUCAGCCUGGAGACCUCUUGCCGUUUUCCUCUUGCGCAUAUGAUGGUCUAAUGAACAGCUCCUGGGGGCAGGCCUGGCCUGCAUGUGAUGGAUGAGAAGCAUCCCAGGUGGCCUCUGCCUGCUUUUCCUACCACUGGCCCACCUGCCUGGUACAUGGCCUGCUCUCUGGGCUCCCCUGGCUGCAGGCUUACUGCAGAUCGGUGCUCCAUUCGAGUCUGAGUGUCACAGAGCCUUUUAUCUUUAGUUCCUGAAAUAUAGUCUGGUAAUUGAUGGCUUGUGGAAUCCGGUUGGAAGUGCAAUUAGAUGGAUGUUGGUUCCUGCUGCUUAGAGAGAAGGGCUCACAUUUAUCUUCCUUUCCUAGAAGCCCAAAGAUAGAAGAGGGCUAGCACAGUUUUUGCCCUAAGGCAGGACUCCCUGCCCACCUAGUGUGGCUUGACUCUCUACAAAUGUCCUGAUUUGGCCACUUACCUUUAAGCCACCUGCUAUGAGAUAAGCCCGCCCCUUCUUGCCAAGUGCAGCUCACAUGACCAUGUGCAGAGAUGAGUGUCAAGUCUGGUCAUGGUGAGGUGCUUUGCCACAAUCCCUGCAGCUGGCCCACUGGAGGACAGAAGGUAGCGGUUUAACCAGACAGCAGUGUUCAAGGGCUGCCCUUUGGCCUUAGCUGGGCACAGGCAGCCCAGGUGAGUUUCCAUGCUGGACUCUAGCUCUGGCCAGCCUAUCCCAGUCAAGCCCACCUUCUUCACUGUUUAUGCAGGUUGCUUGACUCUUUCCCUUUCUAAAAGUAAAUGUUUUUCAAAGCCAGUCAGACUCAGAAACCAAACACUGACCAGAAGAUGGUGCUCAAACAUCGAGGCUUCACCUUCCUUUAAGCUCAGCAUUCCCACACUGCGGCCUACUGGCUUUCAGACCUGUGGCUGCCAACCAGGGGAGCUCUUGAUCUGUAAGUGGUGUGCGCAUGCUUCCAGGCUCUGUCAGGAACAGCACCUCACAAGCCGUGGGGAGGAGUUUGAAACUGUUGUGAGUGUUAUCAAAAAUAAGUCUCUUCCUGACAAAAGGCAAAAUAUUACAUCCGCUGAGGGCCUGUAAGGCAAGGUCAGCCUGGGUAUGAAGAGCUGGAAGUUAGAGACUUGAGAGUCAGACCCUUCCCAGACUGAGAAACCCAGCCUCGGGUUUCCUGGGGACCCAGGUAGUGCUCGGGCACACACUCCCUUCAGUCACCAGAUGUAGUCUGCUGUAGAGAGCCGUAGAGUUGGUAGGCUUGCCACCCGUCCUUGAAUGCACAGCUCUGGCACACACACACUGCUGGGAGCACACCAGUGCCGGAUCUCACAGGAGCACGGGGAGUGAGUUCUGUGCUGGUGACUGGUAACCUCUGCAUCAGCUGCCUGACUUUUUACAGUGACUCCAGAGAAACCUGGGGAAAGUCUGCCACUGCUGCCCCAGAGGCCUUAACUACCUAAGAGGGCAUUGUUAAUGGGCCUCUUUAGUUCACAUUGUUUUUACAAUGGAAGUGUGGUUCCAUUUACUUCAUUCCCAUGAAUAUUGACUGCCUGGCCCUUGAGCAGCAGCCAGAAGAGUCUCCAGGUUCUGGGAAUUUGUAUAUUUAUGCAGUGGGACCCCAAUUCUCCCCAGGGCUCCUGAUCAAACCACUGAAGAGUGAAAGGCAGAUGCCAAGCUGAAGUCUAGUUGGGCUGUCCUCGGUGUAUGGACAGCAAGCAGGUGACUGAAGAGCAGAGACCACUGUGAGCAUUUGGGCCAGUGUAACAGACGAAGGUCUUUCUCGACUGUUUUAUAAGGCUUGGCUCUUCUGUCUCUGAAGCUUUUAGUUCAUUCAGUAUCCAAGACUGUGGCCUAAGCUCUAGGCCGGUGUGCUGUGCUGGUCAUUCCACGGAAGCCUCUGUCCCAUGCUGACCACAGUGGGGAUUCCUCAGCCUCUUCCAUAGGGCCUGAGGUCCCGUGGUCAGAGCUGAGGGAUGAGAUAAGGGACAGACAUGCCAAAUAAGGGGGGAAAAAAAGAUCUCUGUACUCUUAGGGAUGGGAGAGUGUGCCUUUAAAUUUCAUGUGCCUGAGAACCUGUACUGACAAAAGAUGGAGAUGCUGACAGCCUCACUUAGAGCAGGCAAGUGCUUCUAGGGGACAGGGAUACUUUCUUUUGGAAAGUUGGCCAGUGGUAGCAAUGGCACUGGUUUGCUUCAGUCAGCUCUCCUAGCCUAGCCUUGUUCUGCAGGGCCCUGUAUGUCACAGAAGAGACUUGGGAGCCUGGAAGGAAAGUGAAAGAUGUGGGGCCAAGGGAGUGAGAGGCAGGUUAAUAGUUUUGUUGCUAUGGAAACUUUGGGGCACUGAGGACUUAUACUAAAAACUCAGAAAGAAACUCAAACUUAUUCUAGUCUAACUGGAAGAGGAGACUGGUACAUUCUCUGGGGACCAUGCUGUUGAGGAAAUCAUUCCUUGGACUAAUUUACAUGACCUCCAAAUUACGAAAAUGGUCAUGGUCGUCCUGAGCAAAGUCAGCGAUGCUUGUUUCUGCCCAUGACCAGACAACCAGCCCCAGGAGAUGUUGUAUAAACUGGACUGCAAAUGAGAACGCCGCCCAACAUGCACUGUGGCUGGAAAUAAAGUAUGUAGUGUGAAUCAA